CUAAAUGCUUUGGUUAGAAAACGUGACUGGUUUACAACUGGAAGUAUCAUCAUUGUUACAACUAGAUAUAAAGCUAUUCUUGAUCAAUCUAUGUUUGAGGUAGACUACCAGUACGAAUUGAAUGAGUUAAAUGAGGUGCAUUCUUUGCUUUUAUUUAAAAGACAUGCAUUACGAAUGGGCCAAUGUCCGAAGGAUUUUGAGGGUAUCUCUCGUCUGAUCUUAUCCACCAUGGGUGGGCUACCCCUAGCUAUCGAGGUCAUAGGUUCAUACUUGUAUGGAAAAAUAGAUGAAAACAUAUGGCAAGAAAUGCUAAAGAAACUAAGAAGUAGACCGGAUAGAAGUGUCCAAAAGAUAUUGCAAAUAAGUUAUGAUGUGUUGGAAUUUGAACAUCAACAGAUUUUUCUCGAUAUUGCUUGCUUCUUUAUUGGCGAAGACAGAGAAUUUGCCAUAUACAUGUGGAAGGAUUGUGAGUUCUAUCCAAGACAAGGAAUUGAAGAGCUGAAGCUAAGAUGCUUAAUAAAAAUUGAUGAUCAGGGUAUAUUUAAGAUGCAUGAUCAAUUGAGAGAUCUUGGAAGGCACAUCUUUUGCCAAGGACAACCGCCUGAGAGAUGUUUGAAACCAUGGCUCGAAGAUAAAGCCUUGAGAAGUAAAAUGCAAACGGAGCGUUUGGGGAGUAGCUUUGAUUAUUGGCCCCAUGGCUGUUCCUCUACAUGCACAAGUGAAUUGUUUGAAAACUUACCGAGCUCAAGGUUCCUUUCAUUUUGCUGGACGACCAUAAGUGGAGACUUUAACGAAUUGUUUCCUGAAUUAAGAUGGCUUCGAUGGUUAUACAUUGAACCCGAUAUAUUUUCUUCAGCAAUCAAUUUGCAUCUAUCUAAAUUAGUGGUGCUGGAAUUGUCACAAAAAACAAGCUUACAGAUGAUUGGGGAGGAUGGAGUUCGAUCAUGGCAGCAAAGCAGCUAAAAGUUCUCAACCUUUCAUAUAGUCGGGAGUUAAGAUAUACUCCUAAUCUCUCAGCUUUCACGAAGUUGGAGAUUCUCAUCUUAUCCAACUGUUACAAAUUGAAGCAAGUCGACCCUUCUAUUGGCAAACUCAAGAGCCUCAUUUCCUUGGACUUGUGUAGAUGUCGUAAUAUGAGAAAGCUACCAGAGGAAGUGGGGGAAUUGCAAGAACUAAAAGAACUCCUUUUAAUUUCUAUUGGCAUUAGAAAGAUUCCCAUGUCAAUCUAUUCUCUGAGGAAGCUAGAGAAACUGGCUAUCAGAUCUUGUCGUUCAUUGGUUGAAAUCCCUCUCGCAAUUGGGAAUCUUUCGUCUCUCCAAUACCUUGACCUCAAUUUAUGUUCAUCAUUAAGGAAAAUCCCUCAUUCGAUUGAGAAUCUUUCUUCUCUCAAACGACUUGAACUAGGUGGUUGCACGUCAUUAACAGAAAUCCCUAGCUCAAUGGGGAAUCUUUCUUCUUUGGAACUACUUGAUCUAGCAAGUUACAAGUUAUCGAAAAUCCCUAGCUCAAUUGGGGAUCUUUCUUCUCUCAAACAACUUGAUCUAGAGAGUUGCGAGUUAUUGAUAGAAAUCCCUAGCUCAAUUGGGGAUCUUUCUUCUCUCAAACAACUUCAACUAGGGUUUUGCUCCUCAUUGAGAGAAAUCCCUAGCUCAAUUGGGAAUCUUUCUUCUCUCGAACAACUUUAUCUAGGGGGUUGCAUGUCAUUGACAAAAAUCCCUAACUCAAUUGGGAAUCUUUAUUCUCUCGAACAACUUCAUCUAGGGAGUUGUGUGUCAUUGACAGAAAUCCCUAACUCAAUUGGGAAUCUUUUUUCUCUCAAAAAACUUAAUCUAGAGAGUUGUGACUUAUUGAUAGAAAUCCCUAGUUCAAUUGGGAAUCUUUAUUCUCUCGAAAAACUUGAUCUAGGGUUUUGUGUGUCCUUGAUAGAAAUCCCUAGCUCAAUUGGGAAUCUUUCUUCUCUCCAACAACUUGAUUUAGGGGGUUGCGUGUCAUUGACAAAAAUCCCUAGUUCAAUUGGGAAUCUUUCUUCUCUCGAACAACUUGAUCUAUGGAAUUGUGAGUCAUUGACAAAAAUCCCUAGCUCAAUUGGGAAUCUUUCUUCUCUCAAACAACUUAAUUUAAAGAGGUGCGAGUUAUUAAUAGAAAUCCCUAGCUCAAUUGGGGAUCUUCUCUCAAACAACUUUAGCUAGGAAUUGUGUGUCAUUGAGAGAAAUCCUUAGCUCAAUUGGGAAUCUUUCUUCUCUCGAACAACUUGAUUUAUGGGGUUGCAAGUUAUUGACAGAAAUCCUUAGCUCAAUUGGGAAUCUUUCUUUUCUCAAAAAACUUGAUCUAAA